AGAGCUCCGAAAUCUGCCCUUGCAGCCGCCGCAGAUGCUGCCGCCGCCUGGGCUGCCUGGGGGGGCGACUGCGCGUCACCUAGACUGAGGAGCGCCGGGGAUUUAAAUGCCACUGAAACGGUGAUCCAUCACCGCGGGAGCCAGCAAACUUUCGCAGGAGGCUCCGCCAUUGGCUGACUUAGUCACGUGCCCCUCCCCCAGCGCCCUCCGCCCUCGCGCCCCCCCUCUUGCGCACUGUACAUUCAUAUCAUUUUUCUUCUCCGGCCCCAUGGAGGAAGUGAGAAAGUUGGCACGGUCACCCAGGGCUUCGCAGGACCCCGUCCCUCAGUGACAGAUGGACAAUGCAAGAAUGAGCUCCUUCCUGGAAUACCCCAUCCUCAGCGGUGGCGACUCAGGGACCUGCUCAGCGCGAGCCUACCCUUCCGACCAUGGAAUUACAACUUUCCAGUCGUGCGCGGUCAGUGCUAACAGCUGUGGCGGCGACGACCGCUUCCUAGUGGCCAGGGGGGUGCAGAUCAGCCCACCCCACCACCACCACCACCACCAUCACCACCCCCAACCGGCCACCUACCAGACUCCCGGGAACCUGGGGGUGUCCUACUCCCAUUCGAGUUGUGGUCCAAGCUACAGCGCGCAGAACUUCAGCGCGCCUUACAGCCCUUACGCGUUAAAUCAGGAAGCAGAAGUAAGUGGUGGGUACCCCUCGUGCGCUCCCGCAGUUUACUCUGGAAAUCUCUCAUCUCCCAUGGUCCAGCAUCACCACCACCACCAGGGUUAUGCCGGGGGCGCGGUGGGCUCGCCUCAGUACAUUCACCACUCAUAUGGACAAGAGCACCAGAGCCUGGCCCUGGCCACGUAUAAUAACUCCUUGUCCCCUCUCCACGCCAGCCACCAAGAAGCCUGUCGCUCCCCUACAUCAGAGACGUCUUCUCCAGCGCAGACCUUUGACUGGAUGAAAGUCAAAAGAAACCCUCCCAAAACAGGGAAAGUUGGAGAGUACGGCUACGUGGGUCAACCCAAUGCAGUGCGCACCAACUUCACCACCAAGCAGCUCACUGAGCUGGAAAAGGAGUUCCACUUCAAUAAGUACCUGACGCGGGCCCGUAGGGUGGAGAUUGCCGCAUCCCUGCAGCUCAAUGAGACCCAGGUGAAGAUCUGGUUCCAGAACCGCCGGAUGAAGCAAAAGAAACGAGAGAAGGAGGGCCUCUUGCCCAUCUCUCCUGCCACCCCGCCAGGAAGUGAGGAGAAGGCUGAGGAAUCUUCAGAGAAGUCCAGCUCUUCACCCUGCAUUCCUUCUCCGGGAUCUUCUACCUCAGACACUCUGACUACCUCUCACUGAGGCCCACCCAGCCCCAGACUCCGCAGCCCAGGCUACUCAGAGGGCUGGGGACUUCUUACCCAAAGCACAUUCUUAGCUUAUCUUCCUUUCCAUUUACAGUCUCUCUGUUCCUUUCUG